GAGACGGGAGGGAGCCUAUCUUGCGCAGACUGGGUAGCUUACUGUACAUGGCCAUUGAUGCUGCUGGAUAGAUGUAGCCCCUUGGUGUAAAUAAGGAUGGCGAGGGCAGUGGAUCUAACAUGCCGCUUUAUCUCAGCUUGACAUCGGGACAUUUUCUUCCACCACCGGGAUUUUUUAAUAAAACCGAGGGGCUGUUUUUGCUUGAAUUUCAGCUGAAUCCGCCUGGACCGAUGAUUUUCAUUUGACACACAAAAGCGGACGGGCGGCUUCUCCUAAUAAACACUCGGGGAAAAAAACGAAACAAACAACCAAAAAAAAAAAAAAAAGAAAAAAAAACCCAAAACAGGUCAUUAUGACCUUAGCAUCCGCCAGUAAAAGAAAACCAUCGGAUUGCUUUUACGCGGCAGCACUCUGCUUGCAUCUUUUGCUUUGGAUUUCGUGCGCCGUGUCCGAGGAGCAUCAUCAGUUCAGCGUUGAGGGAUGGCUACAGAGGUAUGGAUACCUUCCCCAUACAGAACCAGGAAUGUCUGUCCUGCGCUCGGCCCAGACCAUGCACUCGGCCAUUGCUGCCAUGCAGCGCGUUUAUGGUCUCAAUGUCACAGGGACACUGGAUGAGAAAACCAAGGAUGAUAUCACGCUAAGUUGGAUGCAAAAGCCACGUUGCGGCGUUCCGGACAAGUUUAAAACCACCACAAGGUCACGAGGGCGGAGAUACGCGCUGACGGGACAGAAGUGGCAGCGUACACACAUAACCUACAGCAUAAAAAACGUCACACCAAAGGUGGGCGCCCGGGAGACUCAUGAUGCCAUCCGGCAUGCGUUUGAUGUGUGGCAGGGCGUGACUCCCCUCCGCUUUGAGGCCGUUCCAUACAGCGCCCUGGAGAUUGGCAGGCGUGACGUGGACAUCACUAUCAUCUUCGCCUCAGGUUUUCAUGGUGACAGCUCACCCUUCGAUGGAGAGGGAGGGUUCCUCGCCCACGCCUAUUUUCCAGGCCCCGGUAUAGGAGGUGACACGCACUUUGACUCAGACGAGCCCUGGACCCUGGGGAACCCCAACAAUGAUGGCAACGACCUGUUCUUGGUUGCGGUUCAUGAGUUGGGCCAUGCCCUCGGUUUGGAGCACUCAAAUGAUCCCACUGCUAUUAUGGCUCCUUUCUACCAGUACAUGGACACGGAGAACUUCAAACUACCUCAUGACGACCUGCAGGGCAUCCAAAAAAUAUACGGCCCACCAGAUAGAGAUAAACAGCCAACCAGGCCCCCGCCCACGGACCCCCCUCUCCGCUACCACCCUCCUUCGGACCCACGGAAACGCGCCAAGCACCACUGGCCCUCUCAAGGGUCCAAACCAUCCGACCCCAACUCCAAACCCAACAUUUGUGAUGGCGGCUUCAACACUCUGGCCAUCCUUCGACAAGAGCUUUGCGUGUUCAAGGAUCAGUGGUUCUGGAGGGUACGGGACAACUCAGUCGUCCCUGGCUACCCCAUGCAGAUCAGCUACUUCUGGAAAGGCUUGCCGUCCAAAAUUGAUGCCGUUUAUGAAAAUAGCGAAGGGAAGUUUGUCUUUUUCAAAGGGAACCGUUUCUGGGUGUUCAAGGACACAACUCUCCAGCCCUCAUACCCUCAGAACAUCUCUCUGUUCGGGAGUGGCAUGCCCACUCAGAACAUCGAGACAGCUGUCUGGUGGAAGGAUGUUUCCAAGACCUACUUCUUCAAAGGAGACAGAUACUGGAGGUACAGUGAGGACAUGAGGACCAUGGACCCCGGUUACCCCAAACCCAUCACUGUCUGGAAGGGCAUCCCCGACUCGCCGCAGGGGGCUUUUGUGGAUAAGGCCAAUGGCUUCACCUACUUCUACAAGGGGAAAGAGUACUGGAAGUUCAACAACCAAAUGCUUCGAGUGGAGCCCGGGUAUCCGAGGUCCAUUCUCCGAGACUUUUUGGGAUGCGACGGCCUUCCUGCUGACGCCGACUGGGACCGGAACCCCCCGGUGGCAGACGAACGCCACUAUGACAACGGCAACGUGGAUGUUGUCAUCAAACUGGGUAGCACAGGGGGUACGGAGAAAGCGGUGGCCAUUGCUAUCCCCUGUGUUCUGGCUCUGUGCAUGAUGGUCCUCCUCUACACCGUUUUCCAGUUCAGGAGGAAGAGCACGCAGCGCCACAUACUGUACUGCAAGCGCUCCAUGCAGGAGUGGGUCUGAGGUACUGCUACCGCACUGUACAGAAAGGAGUGUGAAGCUCUGACAAAGGUCUAGUCAUUGCCUGAAGCCCUAUAAUUAGAAGGACGGUUAAGGGUCUGCCAUUUGGUAGAUUUCAGAGCUGCUGGAAUUUGUAACACGCAACCUGCAAGGAAGUCAAACGAUCAGCAGACGUGAGGUGAAGACAGUCAUGGAGCCACAUCUCCUUUGUCCAACUAAUAUGUAUGUAUCUGCUUUGACUUUUUCUGUAUCUUGGGAUGAACUCAAUUAAGUGAGACAGAAUUAAGUUUCUCAAAGUGGGACCUUUAUCCCAAUCUCUGCACGCCGCUUAAAAAGCUCUUAUCACUAAUGUCUUUGGACAAAUUAGAACUAGGCUCUUCUUUACUUUCAUUUCUUGAUUAAAUUGCCCUGAAGUGUGCUUUCUUUUUUUUUAUAAAACAAAAGGAAAAGAAAAUUAGGGUCCCUAUAAAAGAUUUUUCAUUUUAUGGAGGAACGAUACACAGACCAAAUAUGACCUUUUCUUCCAAAGAGGAUUACUGCUCCAUUUUGUUUUUAAUUGGAUAUUUUUCCUCAGUGGAUCUAACAUUUUGGAUCACACACUGAUUUUUCGUUUGCCAUUUCUAUUCAUAUCCACCCGUCUGCUCUGUCACGCUUGGGUAAAGGAUGCAAGGAUAAAGUAAGCAAGAGCGAGCAAUUCAAGGCUGUUGUGGUGGUCUUUCUCCAAAACAGGGGCCAAAACUCUCUCCGCAAUAUUUAUGAGACUGCCUUAAUCACAAAUUGCUCAUAUUCUUUCUUUGUCAGUCUUUCUGAUGGGAAUUUAGAUACUGAAGGAAACACUAGGAAUACAGAAACUUGUACAAAGUCAUUAAUAACUGCCCACAAUGCAACUUUAAACCAGUAAGGAUGGCUUGAUCCACAUCAGGUUCGGUGUUCUUGAAAGUGUCACCUGCUAAAGAUCCGCUUUCAUCGACUGUCUCAUCAGAGGGUAUGAAAGAGAAAAGGAAAGCCAGUAAUGUGUGUGCGUGUAUAUGUGCGUGUUUGUGUUGUGUGACUGAAUAAUUACCCAUAUUAAAUAAGUACUGCAGGUUUGUGAGUCUUUGAACAGCAAACAUCCGACUUUCUUGAUUUUCUCCCUAAGCUGGGAGACCAAUUCUUCCAACCUUGUCAGUGAACAUGUUUUAAGCAGCUUUAUUAAUCCAUUUUUUCUCUGUUUACAUUUUUUUUUAGUCAAUAUUAUUCUUAUCACAAGGCUGAAAAGAGAAGAAAAUGGAAAAGAAUAAUGAGUGAGAAUCCUCUUCUGAAUCUUCACUUAGGAGAAACACAUUCACCUUGUUUAAAAGGCCAGUACUAUUGAUCAAAUUGUUUGCAAAUUGUGUUUUGAUGACUAACACUACUUUAUAAAAGAAGGCAUGUCCAAACAGUAACAAGAAAUCAUUUGCUGAAAUAACGAAACUUAAUAUUGCCAGAAUUUAGGGACAGGAGUUGGAACAGUAGUGCCUGUGUGUUCAGUAGUAGGACCAGGCUGCUUUAUGCAUUGUAACUGCAAUUAACCAUUAUGCAACCUCUAUACAUAGCCUACAAUAUGGUACAUUAACAAAUUGCAACUACCGUAAAUGUUUAGUACCACUUAGACAUUCUGGAUUUAACAGGCGUAUUGGAAAAUUAAUACCAGCAUAGCGAAGUCUGAUGAUCAAUAGUUCACAUAGAUCUUUUGAGCCAUGAUAUUUCUAACAAUGUGUGUAAAAUAAUCUGUAAAACUUGUAAUGAACUUCAAAUGACGUAAUAGGUCAAGUAAGAGAAACACAUGUGCUGUAGCGUUUCUAAGAGUUUGUUUGGUGAUCUACAAGACAUUAUGUGCAAAUUAUGACCCAAAAGUUCUGAAGUGGCCCCUGGGCCAACUUAACCCAGUCCCCUCUAAAUAAAGACAUGACAAGACAUAAUAAUCCAUGCAUUUUAUUUAUGAUUCUCAAAGUAACUGAAAACAGAGUUAAUAAUGUCUACCGCCAUUUUAACAGAGAGCAGAGAGUGCUGUCUACUGGACAAAAAGCUUUCGCCUCGUUUUCACCGGCUUUGGUGCCGUCACGUGAUAUGUAUUCAUUGCUAUAGGAACCUCUGUUACCUGACUGACUUACAGAGUGCGAUUUUGUCUGAUGUACAUUGAAAAACUUCAACUCGUGUGGUGGAUUUCAGUGAGAACGGCGUUACCAUCUACUGCGAGUGGAAGCAUAGUGUAAAUAAUAAACACGCUUUUAAGAAAACAAACUACUUUCAGUACUUUCAGUUUAAACGUGUGGUGAAAUUGGACACACUUCAAGUGUAGGCUGUAAGUUAGACACCCCAGGUACAUUUCUUAAUACCAAGUUGGUAUUAGCAACGUUAGCAUUGUUAGCAUUGCAGUCUGGCCAACCGAUUCAUGAAAAACUUUAGUCCCUCGUACUGAAUCCUAGGGGGCAUGAUCCGUAUUUCAUACAGAUUCAUGGAAGGCAGGUUUAUACUCUGCGCAGCUGUUUUUAGGAAAAACCGUAUUUGGACUGCAUCUGUUACAAAAAAUAAAUACAUAAAAAUUGACUUAGAGUGUGUUGAUUUUACUCACAUUAUGUCACAACUAUCAAUUCUAUGGCAAUGUGAUUGAUGUUUUUCAAGUGUCACUGUGUAAUACAGUACGUGAUGUUUUUCGCUCAAACAUCCUAACUACAUAUCCUAACUCGUCAUUGAUGUGAGAAGGAGGAAGAAAAUCGCUCAAAAUGUCUUCCAUCUUAAUUUUGAGAAAGUAUAUUUUUACAAAGCAAUCAAGCAUCCAUGAAAUGGCAGCACAGGUUAUUGUACAUGCUGGUAAAGCAGCCUUCCUGUGAAAGGAUGGUUAACUGUGUCCAUGUCUUACUGGUAUUGACUAUUCAACGGUGUCAACAUGGCCCUACGGAAAAAGAAAAUCUUUAUACAUAGCCUACCUUUAUAUGUUCAGGACAUCAGGACCUGUACAGAUAUCUGACCUAAGCUUCGAUUGAUAUCGAGGCAAAGCUUUUUUGUAUCUUAUAAGUCAUCUAAAAUGUUUUUAUCUUUCAAUUAUCUAUAGGCCUAUAAGGAUUCAUUGAAAUACCUGUCACUUGUUCAGCUUUUCUUACAGAUACAAACUUGAAACAAUUAGGUUAAUACAUACAUAGUGUUAUUUAUUUCCUACUUGUUCACUAUGGGUUAUUCCUGCACAAGUUAUUCUUUUCACACUUUUAUAGGACUAAUCAGCCUUGCAGAUUUCUGCUUGUUGCAUUGACACAUUGCCGACCUAUGGAAAUCUGCCGGCUUCCAGCCUGUUUUUGCUGUUCACUGUCAAAUUUCUGAAAGACAGGAGCAGCUUUAAUUUCAUGCAGCGGCGCUGACUCGCUGUGCAUAUCAGUCCAUGUUGAUCCAUGACGGCCGUAAUUCAAAGUGGAAGCAAAAGCCUCUGGCUUGGUGUUGUGCGUGAUGUCGUACCGGUUUGUGUGUUUGUGGUGAAGGUCUGACUGCUCCAGAGUGUGUGAGUUAAAGUCUGUACUAUAUUUAUUGCCGUAUUUAUUCCUGCAUUGCAUUGUAUCAAAGACAACAAGCUGUCAAUAAAGUGGGUUUGAAAUGCAACAUUUUUUUUCUAGUCUUACAGCUACAGAGCGAUGUCCUUUAUGUUACUGCCUUUACAACAAGCAAAUCAUUUAUUGUCAAAGUUCUUUUUCUCUAUCAUAGGUCACAAUGGUCUUAAUCCUCAUAGAAUACCUGACUUCUGACAGGAAGUAUAAAUGCAUCGGUUUUUUUGUUGUCUAGAGGCUCCUUGUGGCUUUUUUUUCUCUUUCGAAGUCUGCCUUGAAACUUGCUGCUAAGCAUUAGGGCUAAUUUGGCGUGUCAUUUAAAGAAGCAGAUGUUACAGAUUAGAUAGCAGUCGAUGCUCAAAAGAGGCAAAAGGCAAAAGGUCUGGACUGCACUAGAUGCUAUAGACACAGGUAGAUACAGUCUCCAAGACACAGUGUACGAGAGGUUAACACGUUGCAUAAUGUGUAAAUACUGUACAAGCCAAGCUGUACAUUGUCUGCUUUGGACGCUUUUGUUUUUAGUCAAUGAAUAAAGAAAAGUCUGUGUGUUGUAAAUAAAACAAGUACAUAA